CCAGGACAUCCGCGCGUCCAUGUGGAAGACUUUCACCAGUCAUACACAUAUUCAUUCUGCACGGGUCGAUCUUGCUUCUUGACCUCGGACAACGAUCUCGAGCAGCUGCACUAAGUUGUGAUGGCACAAAGUGUCCGCAAAAUAUGGAAUACGAAGCUUCAUGCAUUGCCAAGAUCCGGUCAGACUGCUGACCGGUCGACCAAAGCUACACCACCACUUGGCACUAUUUCAUUCGCAGAACCUCUUCCCGAUGGUUGCGCCCUCGUGGUGUUCGAUAUGCACUCAUAAAGUUGUCAGGAUUGGGCCCUGUAGCUCUAAGUGCCCUGUGGGACAAUCGACUAACGUGCAGCGGGGCGGCUUUGGUGAGGCUACCUCGGUUAGAUUUCAUAGCCCCUCCAAAAUGCCUGUACAAGCGGCAAGCUCAAGCUCGCCAUCGGAAACGAUAUCCAAAUUCUCGGGUGUAGAGAGCGUCGACUCAUUUCCUCAAAACUGCACCAACGAAUGUAGGUCCGGUCAACAUGUAUACCUCGUUUCAAGACACAGAAAGACAUACAGUAGUUGUGACGUUAGAUGGGUUGUACCCGCAAAUACCUCUGUUUCACCGAUCUAAGGAUGUAAAUGAGCACAUCUACGAGCGUGACCAUUACCUCCUGAGAAAAAUCUCCAAGUCGGAUUCUAUCGUGUCUGGUCGAAGUCUACGCGUCACUCGUCACUUCAAGGGCAUAACAAUCAGAUGAGGAAAGUACCGUAUGUAUUGCUCUUAAGCUGAACUUCUAGCUGUUUUACGCGAGCAAGGAAACA